UGGGUGCUAACAGUCGGCAGCUACUGGUUACUGGGACUGCUUUUCUCGGUUGCUGACACGAGCAAAUCUUUCGCAUGGAUGAGGAGGUACAAGGUACAAGCGACGGAAACGAAGCCGACACUUCAAGAUUUAGUACCAGUGGUGUGGCAGGUGGUGUUCAAUCAAGUCUUUGUUCAGCUACCUGUCAAUGUUCUGUUCUACUGGCUGAAAGACUUGCGUGGCUUUGACCGGAGCCUAAGCCUACCGUCAUUGUCUCGGGCCAUGGUGCACUUCGCCUGCUUCGUCGCGAUCGAAGAGGCCCUGUUCUACUACUCGCACAGGCUCCUGCACCACCGACUGCUGUACCGGCGUUUCCACAAGAAGCACCACGAGUGGACGGCUCCCGUGGCCAUCACCGCCGUGUACUGCACGCCUCUCGAGCACCUGCUUUCCAACGUCCUGCCCGUGGUGGUCGGGCCCGCUCUGCUCGGGUCGCACCUGAGCGUGCACUGGCUGUGGGCCGGGCUCACGGCGCCCUACGGCGUCAUCGUGCACUCCGGAUACCACCUGCCGCUGCUGCCAUCACCACAGAUGCACGACUUCCAUCACUUAACGUUUCGAGGAAACUACGGCAUUCUGGGAAUCCUCGACUGGCUGCACGGCACGGACGGAGCCUUCAGACAGAGCGAAGCCUACCAGAGGCACCGGUUGCUGCUGUCGUUCAGGCCCGUCCACGAGCUGUAUCCGGACACAGGAGGCCGACGCGAUUUACCCACUGAAGGGCGAUCAACGACGCAGUCGCAUGGCUGACACCGAAGCCCAUUUCUUCCUUUCUUUCUGUGAUUGUUGUUUGCCCAUUUACGAUACCAAUGUUGAUCGACUGGGAUCGUCUCGAAGACCCGGCUGGACAAAGUGCGACGCGACAAUUAUGAUGGCCUUGUGAUAACCGU